AGGUCUCGUCCGCCACCCGCCGUCAAAACAAAGAUGGAAGACGUGGCAGAUGUAAACAAGACCGCCCGGGUGCCAUAAUAUACACCAAGACAAACACUAUAACACCACUGAAAAGCAAACUACAUCGAUAACCAGACGAGAAGACCAAAGGAAAGAGGACCUAGGAAGCGAUACAGGGCAGAAAAAGAGGAAAAUGGAGGACGUGGCAGAUGUGGAUGUUAACCGGGUGAAGGAAAAUUUAUCAAACUGGGAGGAUGACAGCUCGCCCCUCGCCCCCCUCACCCCUAGGGAACGAGACUCCAUCAUCGAGGUGACGGCGGGGGGAGACUGGCGCCCGCUGCCUCCGUGUAAGGAAGGCGGGGAAGGGGGCGGGGAGGGCAGGAGCAUCUCAGCGGACCCCUCCUCCAAGCACCGCCUCCAUGAUAGUCUUGCUGCCCUCAAGCUCGGCGAGGUCAAGAUUGAAUCGAGUCAGCAGUUCCUCACCUGGUUUGCUGGCGUGGAGGUUGAGAUGUGUGAGGAGCAGGACAGCCCUUACCGAGACUAUGUGAGCCAGCUGGAGGGCCACCGUGCAGAGUGCCACACCCUCCUGGCACAUCUGGAUGAGGCACUGGAGAACCUGCAGCAUCUUUCUUCUCAGUACAUGAGUGUCUCCAACAAGACCAGUGCCCUGCACACAGACUGUGAACACUUGCUGGCGGAGCAGACAAGACUAGCCAACAAGGCCGACACCAUUGAGAGCAAGCUGACUUACUUCAAGGAAAUUGAUAAAAUAAGUCAGAAGCUCAGCUCUCCAGCAUUCCAAGUCACCAGUGAAGGCUUCAUUCCUCUUCUGGCCAAGAUUGAUGAGUGCAUCAGUUACAUGAAUACAAAUAUGACAUUCCAAGAGUCUUCACUGUAUUUAGCAAAAUAUAAACACUGUCUCAGUAGAGCUUUGGGGAUGGUGAAAUCUUAUGUGACAAAAUCUUUAGAAAAUGCCACACAGCAAGUUAUACCAAAGUCAGGCUCAGAAAAGCCAACAACUGACAAUGCUGCAGUGCUAUACUACGGAAAGUUUAGGACUAAUGCGCCCCGAAUCAAGUCUCUAAUGGCCGAGAUAGAAGAUAGGGUAGAAAACAGCCCUGAGUACACCAACUUACUGAGUGACUGCUAUCAGUGUUAUUUCGCACAGCGACAAAAACUCUUGGGACCGUGUGUGACUGAUGCCGUGUCCCAGCUGUCGCAGAAGUACCAGCGGGACUACUGCUCCCUCGUGCGCAGUGGCUGUGCCUUCCUUGUGCAUGUUUGUGAGGAUGAACAUGCACUCUUCCAUCAGUUCUUCUCCACUGCCACCCCGGAACUAGAUAAUUUCCUGCAAUCACUCUGCACUGGCCUUUAUGAUGUUCUGCGACCCAUGAUAAUCCACAUUGACCACCUAGAAACACUAUCAGAGCUUUGCGACAUCCUAAGGAGAGGGAUGAUUGAGGAACACCUUCAGAACAACCCCACCCAGCUGGCGCCUCUCACCUCCAUCGUGCACCAGAUGCUCGAAGACUCACAGGAAAGGCUGGUCUACCGGGCACACAUCUACGUACAGACUGACAUUGCCAACUUCGCCCCCUCGCCAGGUGACCUGGCCUACCCUGGCAAACUCCAGAUGAUGGAAAGCAUUGCUGAGUCCUUGGCCAGUCAGAAAAAACAGAUGCACUCUCGCAAUGCCUCCAUCUCCUCCAUGUCUUCCAUCAGAUCCGCCACAAGUGAGGAGGUGGCCAGCAUCACGGGCGUGUCGGAGGAGAGGUUCUCACGCGUGGGCACCUCCCCGGCUGACCUCCACGGCAUGUGGUACCCAACGGUCCGCCGCACCCUCAUGUGCCUUUUCAAGCUCUACAGAUGUGUUGACAGAAGCAUAUUCCAGGGUGUGUCCUUAGAGGCAUUGUCAGCCUGCAUGCAGAGCCUUAGCAAAGCCUCGUCCUCCAUCAGCAAGACAUCUUCUCCCCUGGAUGCUCAGCUCUUUGAAAUAAAACAUCUGCUUAUCCUGCGGGAACAAAUGGCACCAUUUCAGGUUGAUGCAUGUCUACAUGAAACUAGUCUGGACUGGAGCAAGGUUCGAACAGCAGCACUGGGCCUUGUGCAGAAGAGAGGGAGACUCUUCUCUCUGUCUUCCAACAAUGCUUUGCUGGAGUUCAUUGUAGAAGGAACACCACAAGUUACAGAGCAGAGACUAGACUCUAAAAGGGACUUAGACAACCGAUUAAAGAAGCUGUGUGAGCUCCUGAUCCUGACCUGCACAGAAACACUCUCCGGCCCAAUAACUGUGUUCCUCACCAAGGCCGAAGUCAUACUGCAUAUGAACCAGGAGGAGAAUGUGAAGCCCAUCAUGCUCAAGAACCAGCCGUUUGCAGUGCCGGAGAAGGUUGCUGAUGUGGUGAGUAGCUCCCUGAAGAACAUCCGCACUCACCUCCCCAACAUCCAGCGCAGCAUGCAGCUCUACCUGGCCAACCGGGACACAGAGUUCAUUCUUUUCAAGCCUGUUCGUACAAAUGUCAUGAACUCCUUCUCAAAGCUAAUGGAUGUUAUUACCAAUAACUUCAAUGAAGAAGACAAGACAAUAAUUGCAUGUCCUACACAAGAGGAAGUCUCUGCACUUCUGUCAUCUCUGUUUAAGAGUUAAUAAUGUAUGUAUGGUAUGCACAUUAUUAAUUAUCCAAUACUUAGGUGCAAACUGCAUUAAUAUUCACAAGUUUGGUUGCUGUGUUUCAUAAGUAAAUACUGAAUUAUAUGUGUCAUGAUAUUUUUAUCUAGUGAACUAAAUUUAUGCUGUUGCUAGAUAUUAUUAUCAUUGUGUGCUAUUCUAUGCAAAAUGUGAGAGUUUGUGAGUGAUUUCCAACACAUUUAAGUCCACAAAAUAUUCAUGCACUGGAGGCACAUAAAUUACAGCAAGUUGUUUUUAGGAAUAUGGCACACAAUGACUUCUUGUGAUAAGUUGCUUACUGAGUGACUAUCAAAUCAACAGCAUUACGCCAAGCUGGAUCAUCCUUGCAAUUAUGAGACAUGCACAACUUAUCUGUUGUUGAACAGAAUUUUGUUGAGCUUCAUUGUAACUGCUCUAGUACAAGGCUGUUUGGCCAUGUGAAAGGUGAAAAGUUUGUGGAUAUUGUUUACCCUGCUAUGUGGUAUUUAGACAGGCCAUGCAGUCACAGCAGCAGCACUGAGAAAUGAUGAGCCUGGCUUACACAAAGGAAUCCUGCCGCCUUGAGGUGUUGAAAGUUUGUUUGACCUUAAUCUAUUCUCUGCCUCACUCUUAUCCAUUUCUGUCCCUCCUGGGUAGUAAAUAAUUAUGUUAAGAUAUUCAAAACUUUGUUAUAUUGCUUUUAAAAGGUUUAAUGAAUUAUUGAUUCAAUAUAGAUAUAUUGAUGAUUAUAAAAAAUAACUGUACAUUACUGAUUCUGGAAAACAGAUUUACUUAUGAGAAACUGGGAAUGUUUGUCAAAGUAAUGUAUGUUUGAUUAGCUGAACAUUGAGAGAGCUACGUCCAGGGAAUUAAUAUUGGAAAGUGUAGGUGUGGAUGGGUGUAUGCAUGUGUGCCUGCAUGUGUGUGUGUGUGUAGUCCCUUAGAUGGUGUGCACAGCACAUAGUUUGAUUGGUUCCCUCACCAGUCAAUGAUCAUUUAUCUGCAUCUGCCAAAAAGUUAAAUCAAACACAUUUUCUACUGUAAUCUUUAUACAGGGAUGCCACAGGGUGGAAGUAUAUUUUUCUUUUUAAUUCUGUCAUGGUGGGAGGAGAAAACAUACUGGUUAUCCUAUUUAUAAAGAGGUCAGGGUGGUGUACUUACGAGGGUAGGUUUUGAUCACCAUUGUUUUCAGAUGAUUAGGUACAUACAUGUUUUUUUUAGAGAGAAUAUACAUGAGAAUGGGA